AUGCAGUGCAUUUCCUCCUUGAUCCUCACCCUGGCCGCAUCUGCCACCCUGGUUAUGGCCGUGCCAGCACCGGCACCGAUGCCUGCUCCCACGGCGGCUGCUGUCCUCCCCGAGGCACAGCCCACCGCGGCGCCGGUUCUCAACCUUCGCGGGGCCACUGUUGAUUCCUUCCCCGCAAAAUGCACCGUUGGCUCUGACAGUGUCGCCACCUGCACGGGUGCUGUUCACGCUACCAACGUCUGGGCUGGCGUCAUCGACGCUACUGUUGACUCUUCCACAUCCUGA